AUGACGAGGUGUGGAGAGACCAGUUUCAUCAUGGAAAUAUCAAGAAAGAGUUGUCUAUCGGAGACUGCAGAUUUGAUUGCAUUGUGGAUGUCUGUGGGGUUUGCACAUGAUGUGUACAAUAGAGAUAACUUCAGUUUAUUAUCCAUAACAAUAGAUUACAGUCCAUUUGGAUUUAUGGAUUCACAUGACUCAAAUCUUGUUCCAAACACAUCUGAUGAUGAAAGGAGGUAUAAAACAGGAAACCAGGCAAAUGUUUUGCUGUGUAAUCUGAGCAAGCUGUUACAAGCUCUAAAACCUUUAUUGGAUCCCAGGCAAAAGCAGCUAGCUUCCCAGGUUUUGGAGUAGAAUGGUGAGUGCUAUUACAUCUAUAUGCACUUUACAGAACUAUUAAAAACAAAUAUGAGUGUUGGGGAGAAUGAGGAUGAUAAUUAUUUGAUUGCUUUCCUCCUAAAAUUGAGGAAACUUAUGGAAGAUACAAAGUCUGAUCUCACAUGGAAAUGACUUUUCAAUGUAAAUGUCGUUGAAAUGGUGUUUCAACAGCUCAGUGAAAUUACUGAAGACCAGUUAAAGGAGCUCCACAUUCCUGAGGAGUCCUGGACUCCCCAGGAUCUGAGUAAACACAAGUUAUUUUCAGACUGGGUUACUAUGUACCUCUUGAGAUUGAAUUGCUGUUAAUCCUGGAUACAUGAGAGGAAUUGGAUGGCAGAAUCAGCAAUGCAAAAAGCUAAUUUGAAUGAUUUCUCAGAGGUUUGUCUGCUACAGCAGAUCUUACAACACCCCUUUCAGAGACAGCAGGCUGCAGAGAGAGCAGGUUACUCCCAGCUUGGGCCAAGGAUCUUAAAGUGAACUGUUCAUCCUGAGAGAAAUCUGACCAAGGAAGAAAGAUGAUCGAGAUAGACUGAAGCUCAGGCCUUCAGACAGGAUCAAUGGAUCAAGCCACAGGAACUUCUCUGCCUUACACUGUGUGGACUGAAAUAUGGUACUCUGCUAGGCAAGACAAAGUUGUCUUAGCAACUUUAUAGAAGAUUAAAGAAACAGACCACUAUGUAUGGUUGCAUCAACAAAUUAUAUUGGCAUUUAUAACUCUGCUUUUCUAUUCAGCUGUGCAUUUAUUUGAGUCCCAGUAUUUAAGUUCUGCCAAGCUGUCACACUUAACCUCUCAGAAUUCAUGGUUGAUCAGGUGGGUCUCAAUAACUUCUAAUGGUUGGUCCACUUAAAAUCCAUGUAAGCUAGUUUUAAUAAUACGGUAUUUUGAUGAAUGUUUUCCUUGCUGUUACAUGCUGUUCAAAUAUAAUUGUAUUCUGAAGACAUAAAUGUUAUUAAAUCUUUUGCAGAGAUGGA